AUGAAUAGCAGCGCCAAGAAAACCACCGACACGGUUCUAUUUGGCCUCGGACUCGGCGUCUGGCUCGAACUCGGUCUCCUCGGAUACCUUCAUGCGACUUUUGCCUACAUCGUCCGACGCACGACAGACUACGUCUUGAAGACUACGAUAUUCGAGUCAGGUGGGUGCCGGGCUGGUUUCACCACGCAGGAGGUACCCACUACCACGGGAUCUGCCGCUUGCGUGGCUGGACUUGCUCUGGCGCUCGUGCGCCGCGCCCGCGACGCCGGAGUCACCUUCCACUGGCCGUCGAGUCGGUCGCAAGAUUCUCCGAGUUCGACGACGGAGGAACGGGCUUAUAACCAAACCACCUUCAUGCACCAUCCCAAUCACUUCGGCGUGUACAUCAUGCUCUACAUGUACGCCGUGUUCGCCCUCGUACAGAUUGGCGUCAUGCUUUUGCAAGUGAAGAGGGCGUUCACGGACACCUGCCCUCACGGCUUAUACGCACACGAGUCCGGGAGCAAGAAAGUACAUUGCUUUGGCCCCGCCUACGUUCAAAUGUGGGCUACGAUUCAGGUAGCGUUAAGCCUGAUCGUGAUUCCCGCCGCGUGGCUUGCUGGUCGAUUGCUUUACUGUGACAACUUCAUUCCGGAGAUCGUGGUGAAGCUUCCGGCGCGUGCUGUCGCAGGCUAA